AUGAAUAAAUCAGAAUAUGGCCCUUGGAUACAUGUUCACUUUAAAAAUAGACGCUUCAUUAAAGGUGGAGCUGGUGAUAAAGCAAAGGAUGAUAAUAAUGGGGGCAGGCUUGGAAACAGGGGAGAUGUGAAUCAAGAAAUUACUACCCAUAAGCAUAUUCUAAGUGAAAAGAAGAGUGCGGUCAUAGUGGAGAAGCUGAUCUCGGGCCCAGAAACUACUACAGUGAAAGAUAAAACUGUUGAAGACAUUCGGUCAGGUAUCUCUCUAAGUAACAAAUUUGCUGUGUUGAUUGAAGAUAGUGAAGCAGAUCUUACGGGAAAGCCGAAAGAAUAUGGUGAAUCUCAUAAUAGGAUUCUGGAAACUGCUGGCGUUAUGAGUAAUGUUAUAUCUUGCUCUAGUGGGACUACUAAAGUUAAACUUUCUAAAGAGCUGAAAUCCUUGGGGUCAAUGGAUUCAGAUUUUAAGAAGAAGAAGAGAGAUGGAAGAGGGGCUAGGAAGAAAGAGGCCGCUCUGUAUUUGAAAAAGGUUGUUAGAGAUCAAAACAUUUUCUUCAUUGGGCUUAUGGAGACAAAGAUGAUAAAUAUUGAUAGGAAGGAUGUAGAUGGCCUUAUUGGAAAGGAUUGGGAUUUUUUCCAUUUUCCUGCUGAUGGUCUUUCAGGGGGUAUCCUAGUGCUAUGGAAUAUAAAGGUUGUGACCUUUGUGGUCAUUGAGUCCUCUUCCCAAAUGAUAGUUGGAGAUCUCUCUAUCCCCAACUUGGGAUUGUGGAAGGUUGCUAUAGUGUAUGGAAGUAGAUGCUGUAAGGAGAGGGAGCUUCUUUGGAGCCAGCUUAGUUGUUGUAUGGAUAGUUCUACCCCUUAUAUUAUUGGUGGGGAUUUCAAUUUUGUUUUGAACAAAGAGGAGAAGAGAUGUGGUAAGAGGUUUCUUUUUUCUAAAGGACCUAAAGAUAUGAAGCACUUUAUGAAAAACUUUGAUUUCCAUGAUUUGGGGAGUAUUGGACCAAGAUUCACUUGGUGCAAUAACAAGGAAGGAGCCUCCAGGAUUUGGGAAAGGCUAGAUAGGUGUAUUUUGAAUUCGGUUGCACUCCAAAAGCUUCCUAUUGCUGCCACUAUGCAUCUUGCUAGGGUGGCAUCGGAUCAUAGUCCUAUUGCCUUCAAGAUGGAUGAUAAGGUGCGUAUCAAAUCAAAGACAAUCAAAUUUGAGGACACUUGGAGAUCUUAUACAGCAACCAUAAGUAUUGUGUAUCAUGCUUGGAGGAAAAAUGAUUUCGGUGAUGAAGAUUUGAAUGUGCUAAAAGAAGAACUUAAAAAGGAGAUUUUAGAUCUCCAACACAAAGAAGUCGUGGGCAUUGAUUGGUCAGCUCAAGAUCUCCUCUUACUUAGGAGUAAAAUUCAUGAUCUCAAUGUAACCUUGAAAAGAUUGUCCACUUGGUGGAAUCAAAGGGCAAAAGCAAGAUGGCAUGAGGAUGGAGACACAAAUUCAAAAAUGUUUCAUAGUUUUGCUACGGCAAGGAGGAAUGGCAAUAGAGUUAAUCAAAUCAAAGAUAUGCAAAAUAAGAUGCAAGUAGAAGAUGAUGAAAUUGAGAAGGUUUUCAUUCAACACUUUGAAGCAAAAUGGAAAUCCAUAGAUUGUGAAUUAGCGGGUUGGCCGAAAAUCUGUGAAAACCAGAAAUUGACAUCUAAAGAGGUAGCGACUCUUAAUUCUGAUUUUACGGUGGGUGAGCUACAGGAAUCAGUUUUCCAGCAAGGGAAUAAUAGAUCUCCAGAUUGGAAAGAUACCUUAAUAGUUUUGAUUACUAAGGUGAAGAAUCCUGUACUUCAAUCCAAUUAUAGGCCUAUUAGUCUUUGCCAGACUAACUACAAGAUUGCAGCUUCAAUACUAGUGAACAGGUUGAAGAAGUGUAUUCCCAAAUUGAUUACUGAAGAACAAAUGGCCUUCAUCCCAGAUGUGAGAUUUUCCAUUAUUAUUAAUGGAAAGAAUUUCAAGUGGAUCAAUGCUUGUAGUGGAUUUCGGCAAGGGUGUCCACUCUCCCCUUAUCUCUACAUCAUGUGUUCUCAAUUGAUGUCCAACUCUUUAGAGCAAAGGGGUCAAAGUCUUGGCAUUCAACUCUCUCCUAGAGGACCAAGGAUUACUCACCUUAUGUAUGCAGAUGAUGUACUUAUCUUCUCUCAUGCCUCCAAGGUGUUAGCUAAGACUUUGAAGCCUAUUGUUGAAGACUUCUGUAAAUGGACGGGGCAAAGAAUUAAUGUCAACAAAUCACAGAUUAUUUUCAGCCAGAGUGUUAGUUACCCCAUGAAGAAAAAACUUGCAAAAGUUUUUGGUUUCAAAGUGGUUAAGGAGCUAAACUACCUUGGGACAAAAAUCUCUCUUAAUAGGUUGAGGGUGGCUGGCUUUCAAGAUCUUCUUAUCAAUGCUAUGGAUAGACUUAAUGGUUGGGGUAAGAAAUCUUUUUCUAUGGGUGGUAAGAUCACUCUCAUUACAAGUUCUCUUUUAACUAUGCCAAACUUCUUAGUUACACACUCUUUGAUCCCAAAAAGUGUGUUAUAUGCCAUGGAAAAAUGUUGUAGAAGUUUCAUUUGGCAUAAAUCUGAUGCCAGCCAUAGUAUACAUUAUGUUGCUUGGGAGGAGUUAUGCAAAUCGAGAAGUAUGGGUGGGCUAGGCUUGCAGUCUCCUGUAAUGAAGGAUGGCUCUUUGAGAUCGAAGUUAGCUUGGAGUUUCAUGCAAAAGCCGGAUACCUUAUUCCACAGAUCCAUCAUAGCUAAAUAUGGGAAGGAUGUUAUGAAUGGCACACAUAAUAAAGCUACUUCUAUGGUUUGGCAGAUCUUAUCAGAUGGAGGUAGAAACCUUAGAGGUAUUACCAGAUGGAGAGUUGGCAAUGGGGGGGAGAUUAAUGUCCUCAAUGAUGUUUAG